CCCAGCGCCGGGCGCAGCCGAGCCCCGCGCGGCGCGACCACAGGUGCCCGCGGCCGCGGCGCCGAGCCAGGCCGCGACCCCGACCUCGACCCCGACCGGACCCGGCCCGGGGCCCCUUGAUCGGGGUCAGGGCCCCGCCCCACCCCCACCCCCCUCUCCCUCUGAUCCCAGACCCUGACCGCCACGUUCCCCCCCCCGCCCCCACCCUGAGCAGGACCUUGACCCCCGACCCCAGACCCCGACCUGAUCGGGCCGCACCUUGACCCCAGACCCUGGGCCGCGAGCCCAGGUGCGGACCGCAGCCCCGACCCGGCCCAUCCCAACAUGACGGGGCUGGAGGAGGACCAGGAGUUCGACUUCGAUUUCCUUUUCGAGUUUAACCAGAGCGACGAAGGCACUGCCGCUGCCCCAGAGCACUACAGCUAUGCGCCGCCGAGCAUCAGCUCUGCCCUGCCUCCCGGCGCGGCUCACCCCCCGCUGCCGGCACCGUGCCUCGACCUGCAGGGCGCGGCCCCGGGCAUGCCGGGUGCUGCGGGCACCCAGCCCCCCGGCUACGGGGCUGCCGCGGACAGCGGGCCCCCCGGCUACUUCCUGGCCUCCGGCCACGUCCGGCCCAACGGGGCCCCCGCCCUGGAGAGCCCCCGCAUCGAGAUCACCUCGUACAUGGGGCUGCACCACGGCAACAGCCAGUUCUUCCACGACGUGGAGGUGGAGGGCGUAGCCCCCAGCCCCAAGCGGCCCCCCUCCACGGCCACGCUGACUCUGCCCAGCCUGGAGGCAUACCGGGACCCCUCCUGCCUGAGCCCGGCCAGCAGCCUGUCCUCCCGCAGCUGCAACUCGGACGCCUCGUCCUACGAGUCCAGCUUUUCGUAUCCCUACGCGUCCCCGCAGACGUCCCCGUGGCAGUCGCCCUGCGUGUCCCCCAAGACCACGGACCCCGAGGAGGGCUUCGCCCGCGGCCUGGGGGCCUGCGGCCUGCUGGGCUCCCCCAGACACUCGCCCUCCACGUCGCCCCGCACGAGCGUCACGGAGGAGAGCUGGCUGGGGGCCCGCACGUCCCGGCCCUCGUCCCCCGGCAACAAGAGGAAGUACGGCCUCAACGGCCCGCAGCUCUCCUGCUCCCCGCACCACUCACCCACGCCGUCCCCGCGCAGCUCGCCGCGGGUCAGCGUCACCGACGACACCUGGCUGGGCGACACCACGCGGUACACCAGCUCUGCCAUCGUGGCGGCCAUCAACGCCCUGAGCACCGACAGCACGCUGGAGCUGGGCGACGGCGUCCCCGUGAAGGCGCGCAAGACCACCCUGGACCACUGUCCCUCGGUGGCGCUCAAGGUGGAGCCGGCCGGCGAGGACCUGGGGACCACGCCGCCCACGUCUGAGUUCCUGCCCGAGGAGUUCCCCCCCUUCCAGCACAUCCGGAAGGGCGCCUUCUGCGACCAGUACCUGUCGGUGCCGCAGCACCCGUACCAGUGGGCCCGGCCCCGGUCGCCGACAUCCUACACCAGCCCGUCCCUCCCCGCCCUGGACUGGCAGCUGCCGUCGCGCUCGGGACCCUACGAGCUUCGCAUCGAGGUGCAGCCCAAGCCCCACCACAGAGCCCACUACGAGACGGAGGGCAGCCGGGGGGCUGUGAAGGCGUCGGCCGGAGGACACCCCAGCGUGCAGUUACACGGCUACUUGGAGAAUGAGCCGCUCACACUACAGCUGUUCAUCGGGACGGCGGACGACCGCCUGCUGAGACCCCACGCCUUCUACCAGGUGCAUCGGAUCACAGGCAAGACCGUGUCCACCACCAGUCACGAAGCCGUCCUCUCCAACACCAAAGUCCUGGAGAUCCCACUGCUGCCAGAGAACAACAUGCGAGCUAUCGUGGACUGUGCCGGGAUCCUGAAGCUCAGAAACUCAGACAUCGAGCUGCGCAAAGGGGAGACGGACAUCGGGAGGAAGAACACCAGGGUGAGGCUGGUCUUCCGGGUCCACAUCCCGCAGUCCAAUGGCCGGACACUGUCCCUGCAAGUGGCCUCGAACCCCAUCGAGUGCUCCCAGCGGUCGGCCCAGGAGCUGCCCCUCGUGGAGAAGCAGAGCGCGGCCAGCUGCCCCGUCCUCGGCGGGAAGAAGAUGGUCCUGUCCGGCCAUAACUUUCUGCAAGAUUCCAAGGUCAUUUUCGUGGAGAAAGCACCAGACGGUCACCACAUCUGGGAGAUGGAGGCAAAGAUGGAGAGAGGCCUGUGCAAGCCGAAUUCGUUGGUCGUGGAGAUACCGCCGUUUCGCAACCAGAGGAUAACGAGCCCCGUCCAAGUGAGUUUCUACGUGUGCAACGGGAAGAGAAAGAGGAGCCAGUGCCAGCACUUCACCUACCUUCCUGCCAACGCUCCGACCAUCAAAACAGAGCCCGCCGACGACCUCGAGCCUGCCCUGAGCUGUGGGCCCGUGGGCCAGGGCCUGAGCCCGCUCCCUCAGCCGAGCUACAGCCAGCAGCUCGCGGUGCCGCCCGACCCAGGCUCCUGCCUGGUGGCUGGCUUCCCGCCCUGUCCGCAGAGGAGCACCAUGGUGUCGCCACCGCCCAGCGCCGGCCCGGAGCUCCACGACCUCUCUUCCGCUGCCUACGGCAAGGCCACGGCCAGCCCAGGCCACGGCCACCUCGGACUUCAGCGGCCGGCCGGAGGGGUGCUCGCCGUUCGGGAGACGCCGAGGCCCGUGGGCGUGCACCCAGGGCCCCCCCAGCAGCCGCCCCCCGCCCUGCUGCAACCACAGUCCUGCAGCCCCACCCGCCCAUCCGAGAUGGGCCGCCAGCAGCCCCGCCUGCCGAAGGCUCCGAGGAGCGAGUCUGCAGCCCCCCGGCCCCCGCCGCCGCCCGAGGUGCGUGAGGACAGUAAUCAUAGUCUGGCUCCCUUCCCCGUAACGGUCAAGCGAGAGCCUCAGGAGCUGGACCAGCUGGACCUGGACGACGUAAAUGAGAUAAUCCGGAACGAUCUCUCCAGCACCAACAUCUGAUCGUAGCUGGCAACAUGGAACCCGCCCCGAAGCCGCGUGGUGUGGACUCGGCCGCUGACAGUUGAGCUCUGGCACCAGGACUUUGAGUGGACUGAGCAGCCCUGGUGCCGGCCAGACUCCGGCCUCGUGAAGAUCUGCACUGUCCGCUCACGGAAGCUGCCCUUCGGCCGGGGGCGGGGGGCCCGGCCGCGCCUCAUGUGUCAAGACUGAAGGGGGUGGCCUGUGAGAGCGCCCCUCACAGGGGGACUCCUGUGCUGGAAGUGCCUUAUAACGCAGACCCCGGCAUCGGGGCACCACGGGAGGGCGCCGAGUCUGCUGCCAGGAGGGUGUUUGUAGCAGCACAAGCUAUGAAGACACUUCAUCACGAGGCUUUUCUCUUGUAUAAAUUAGGAGAAUACCGGCAGGCUAGGCCAGCAUCGUGAGCAAAACCUCACACGUGCUUCCUGCCUUUUCUCAGCUUUCCUCGGGCUGCGGCGUACGAUGUGUUGCCUUACUCAGUGCAUUUUAGAGACGUUCUGUUUUGUCCUCGCUCUCAUCCCCUCCUCCCUCCCCCGUGUUCCUGGAACCGUAGGAUUGUUAAUUGUAGCAUGCUAAGGUUUUGUUUUUAAUCUGGCUUUGGGCGUAGCGCAAGUAAGCUGAUAGCACAAGGUAGGUUGCUGAACAAAAAAGAAGCCUGUCUGCCACACGCCGGAUCUUGCAUUUGCGUGUACGUACAGAGCUGGCACAUAUUUAUGAACAAAUAAUAACGACAGAGGCAGUAACGUCCGGUCUUGCCCAGCGAGGGCUGCCGUGUAGGCAAUAACCAGUAUCUGUUCUGGAAGAUGCAUCUGAGACCGAACCUGGCUCUUCAGCCACGUGCUCUGGGCCCAUCUCCCUCCGGGGCUUCGUCGUCUUGUGUGGUGCCGUCAGCCGAGCACUUGAGUCAGGAGAGGCGCGCUCCCAACACCUGUUUGCUGCCCAGCGGCACGUGGGGAAGCAGCUGUAAACCCCAUGGCAGGAGGAGCGUGACGCAUCUGUUCACUGCGAGGCCGUCCCUUCACAGAAGCCUCACGACUGCUUCCUCUCAGACAGGCAGCAAACACGUGUAACGUGCAGAGGCCGCAGCACGUUCUCUGGUCAGUUACUGUCACGUAGGUUAGUGUAAGCUUUACCGCUGCAUUUGUACCACUAACAGCUUAUUACACGUUAUACUAGCAGCUCCACAUAACCAAAAAGCAUGGUCUAAUUAAAACCUGGCUCACCUAAUAACUGUGCCUUAGGAGUUCAUGCCCCCUCAUGGAACAUGCCAGAAUUGCACCCACCAGCGGAGGUCGUAAGUUAUAACAGCGAAACAUAAGGUGGCGGAGUAGCCCCUCCCUCAGAAACAGUGACGUUGAGACUGUUCUUCCGUGCGGUGACGUCUGAUUUUUGUCUGACUCCCAGAAAGGUCGCAGCCCCGAAAGCCACGCCUGUAGCCUUCGCACGCAGCCGUCACGAGCGACGGUGUGGCCCCGCCUAGACGUGACCCUGCUUCCCGCAGGCUGCUGCCCCGCCGCAGCCCAGACCGCAGCCCGCAGGUAGCGCCCCAGGGCCCGCAUGAAACACUUCUCGGUCGGCCGCGUCCGAGGAAAAGGAAACGUGUGGUGUUCGCGUCAGCGGUCUGUACUUAGGAAAUAGAUCCAAUAAAGCAAUAUUUUUUUGCUGGACAA